AAUUUUCCCCAAUAAUUCUCCAAAUUAACUAUCAUCAUAAAUUCAUAAUCUAUCAUUUUUGCUCUCAAAAUCUCAAUUUCACUAUUUGAAUUGUUCUCAGUGGAAGCAGUUUGAAACUCCCAGAAGUUCAACAUCAAACUCACAAAAAAAAAAAAAUAGAAAAAAGAAACAAAGAGUGUAAUCCAAGAAGACCCUUUUUGUUCUUCACAAUUACAGGACCUAUGGUUAGUUGAACUCCACUUCAAGCUUAGAUCUUGUUUGGGAGCACAUUAAUAAUUGAAUAAGUGAAGGCACUACAAUAAUCUAUUGAAUAAAAUACAAAUGAGGACAUUACUGCCUUAUUUUAGCUAGAUUAUAGUGAAGGUUGUGUGAGAGUAGUUUGUAAUGAUGUCAAGACCAAUGCUGCUUGUUUUUCUGUUGAUUGUACUCAUAAUCACAUCUCAAUUUGAAUGGAAGCAGCAGCUGGUGAGUGAUGUCGAACCGAGUCCUAGUAUAUCUCAGAAGCAGCAGCAGAUCUCAAAGAGAGAAGAAGCUGUUAAAGAGAAGAUUAUAUUAUCACAGGAGAAGAACAUCCAAAGGCUUAACGAGCUCGUGCGGAAUCUCAGGGAACAAUUGCUUCAGUGCAGAAGUAGCAAUGAAACAAUAAACAACAAUCUUAACUCACUUGCUGACAUUGCUGAAUUUGAAAAACAGCAAAUUCUUGAGGAUUAGACAGUUGACAUCAAUACUAAAUUCUCUGUACUAUCUGUAACUAUCUCUUUUUUUUCUGCUUAUUUUGUGUGUUUUAUCUGUCUGCAAUUUAAUUGUCAUAAUACUAAUUCAUAUGGCAAUACUUGUGUGAAAAAAGAAGAAGAAUGAACUUUCAUAUUGUC